AUGAGAAGACAUCCAUUAACAAAACGACAAUGGAACUCAACAGUUUCUAUGGCAGGUUGUUCCCAUUUUCCUGAAUCGCAAUUUCUUGACGAUUACGUCGCUAAUUUCGACGAUUUUCGCGCCCAGCUUCAUCGAAUUCGUUUGGAUUGUGAAAAACUCCAGAGAAUGGAUUGGCUGUUGGGGAGAGGUGGUGGAGACAUUGGAACACAUCAUAGAGAAGUGGCGGGGACAUUGCCGAGAAGGGGAUUCGUGUUGUUAACAGGAGUUCGCCAUCUUCGAAGUGAUUUCUCCUCUUCACUCUCGUCACUUUCGCGACGAAAUUCGAACGAUUCAGAUUAUGAAAACGAUCGAGAAGACGAGAGAAAAACGAUUGAUGAAGAUUUCUCGGAAAUGAGUCAAAUAUCGUCGAGUACUUGUAGCAGAAUGGAUGUGAGUCUGACGUUGAGUGAAGGGUCCACGGUAACGAUGACCGAUGAUGUCACCGAAGCAGCAACUAUUGAUUCAAGUUCCACAUUAGGCGCACCGUCAACACUUCGACGACGGCGCUCGUUUCAACCGAAAAGGCCAUACAGGAUUUGUGAUCCAAAUGAGUCUCAGUAUUGGCUACAAAUGCAUGCGGCGAGCGAGAUGAAAAAUAACAAGCCACCCACGAACUCUCGUUUGUUGCGCCGAUGGAGCACGAGGGACAAAAAGGAGUUGACGAUCAGUCCAUCCCCUCGUCCACCGCCUUUUCCACAGCAAGUCGACGUGAUGAAUGAAUCGAUGACAAAUAAUAACAACAAUAGUAAUGGAAUUGUUCAUCAUCACGCGACAAGCAAUCACAACAAUGUAAACAACAACAAUUCAACUGUUUCACAGUCGGAUUCUCGUCUUUCAUUCGCCUCCUCGUCGACCGGCUAUUCAUCGGCUCGUUCAUCGCUUCGAUCAACUGAAGGAACAGAUGAAGAUCAUCAUGAUCUUUUGUUUAGUCCGGCUAGCUCAAUGAGCGAGGUGAGAAGACGAGCACUUCAAUCAAAUGGUGGCCUUAAUCGACUCCAAAUGAUCGCCUCAGAAUUGAUCGAAACUGAAAGAACUUAUGUGAAUGAUCUAUGGCAAGUCAUACAGGGUUAUUUGAACUAUCUUGUGGACACGCGAGAUUCUCUUGAUUUGACCGUAGACGAAGUCUCGCACACAUUUGGAUGUAUCGAGAAAAUCUUUCAGUUGAAUCGUCGUUUGUAUGUGAGACUGGAUGAAGCAGAGCUUGAUUGUCUCCGAAUAAGCAAAUGCUUUAUUGACUUUGCCGGCUCUUUUGAUGACUAUGUGACCUAUUGCACGAAUUAUCAAAAAAUGUUAUCGACUCUCUCAUCAAUCUCGACUCGUCCCAUUGUGACUGAAGCUCUUCAAAGACGCCAACAACAGCUCGGUCAUUCCCUUCCACUUUCCAGUUAUUUGCUUAAACCCGUGCAACGCAUUCUCAAAUAUCAUCUUUUCAUUGAGCAUAUUCUCAAAGAAUUGACGGCGAUUGGUGUGCCAAAUGAAGAGUUGAAGGUGGUGAAGAAAGCAUUGGAAGUGAUGACUACACAGGCUAGUCGAAUCAACGAGGAAAAGAAACGCGUUGAACACCAGGAAAGGGUUCAUCAAUUGCAUGCACAAAUCGGUCGAUGGAAAAGCAAUGAACCGACAAGUGAUUUGGCUGCUUAUGGUGAGCUUCUCCUCGAGGCUUCAUUUCGUGUCUCUGGCUCGAAAGCAACAAGACUUUUAUUCCUUUUCGAGGAAAUGUUGUUGAUCGUCAAACAGAAAGGAACUCAAUACGUUUGCAAGGAUUAUAUUAUGUGCUCAAACUUGAUGUUAAAUGAGGUGGUUUCCGAGGAUCCGCUCGCUUUUCAAGUUCUCUCCUUCGACAAUCCUCGAUCACAAUAUAUUUUUGCUGCAAACAGCACCGAUCAAAAGCGUCAAUGGAUGCAAGAGUUGAAAAGAAUGGUUCUCGAUCAUUAUGAAGUAGCAAUCCCAGAAGAAACAAAACGCUUAAUGCUCAGCAUGGAUCACACCCAACCAAAAGUUACCUUUGGGCGCCCGGAGUUUGCUGAAGUUUCCGCUAAAAAUCACCGAAAAUUUCCAAAAUAUCUGGAGAAACGGCGAAAAAGUGUGGAGAGAAAGGAAAAAGAGGAAAGACAAAGAGAGGAAAGUCCGGCGAAUGCCAAUAGAAGGAGGAGGAGUUUGUCGGCGAGUCGAUUGAUGAUUGAGACUUUACCACCCUGUCCAACAGAUCGAAUCGCCGGCAAAGUUGAGGGAUGCACGUGUCCCCAUCAAGCAAGCACAAGCUCAGCUAGAUUGAGCUCUGAACCUGUGACUCCACGACAGCGAUUAUUCGAAACAAAGAAGAGUCGCCAUCAUGGAUCAACAAUUGGAUUGCCGAGACACGAUCGACAAGCCGUCAAAUCUCUGCCUGAUUCAGUGAUUGAUUCUUGUUGUGACGAGCAGUUGUGUACUUGUUCAAAAAAGCCUCGUCCACUUGGUUUCCGUGAGUGUUCCCCUUCAAACACUUCCUCGGCUGACAUCGAGGCUACUUUUGCCGAUCUCUACAAAUCAUUGACAAUGUUGGGUGUGGAGAAUGUGAGUGAAGAGAAGAAACGAAAAAAUGACACGAAUGGGCGAAAUGACUGGAGUGAUUCCCAUCAAUUCUCACCUCUUCACCCACCAAUCAUCCCCGUUGUACGGCAUCGUCGAGUGUGUCUCACUGCAACGCCAUGUGAUACAGCGGCAGCAACUCGCCGUCUAGACGAUCUUGUCAAAAAGUACAGUCAUCAUGAAGCAACAGAACCAGCAGUGAAAAUGCGAUCGAAAUCGUUGACUCGUUUGGAUCAAUUGGUGAGAACAAUGGGAAGCGAUGAUGAGGAUACGUCGAGAUCGGGAACUUUGAGGGCAAAUUCUCCCAAGGCUAUGACACACCAAGGAUACCUUGAAAGAGCCAUUUCGCCACAGCUUUCCCGUUGUCACUCUCCUCCCUCUCGCCCUCAACUAAUCCGUCCCUCCACAGCCGUUGAUCCCCGUCUGCUUUCCCCUGAUGCAGGACCACUUGAAAGAUGGCAAUUGAAAAGAUUAAUGCAAAUGGGACCAGCACCACCGAUUCCUGAUCGCAAAACACCUUCGUUGGAGCUUCGUCGAAACGGUCGUUUGAUUUCCUCAACGACAUCGGCUCGUCAACGAACUCCAUUAACCGUUGAACAGAUCAGACAAAUGGGUGGGACAACACAAAUGAUCGAUGAACCGCCAUUUCUGAUGGGUGACUCACAAUUGGGAGUGGUGAGAGAGAUGGUUCGACAAUUGGAGGGACAACAU